GUGUGUGUGUGUGUGUGUGGGGGGGGGUUGUCUGUCUGUGUCUCUCUCUCUCUCUCUCCGGGGCGAUGGCUUUCCUCACUCGGCGGCUGCUCCGCUGUGUGAGCCGCUCCUCCCGAGCUCUCAGCCUCCAACACGUCACCGUCAUCGGCGCCGGACUGAUGGGGGCCGGAAUCACUCAGGUAGCUGCUGCAACAGGACACACUGUAGCAUUGGUGGAUACUUCGGAAGAUAUCCUGAAUAAAUCGCUGAAGGGAAUUGGAGCGAGCCUUGGGCGGAUCAGCAAGAAGAAGUUUGCAGACAAGCCUGAGGCCGGUGCAGAAUUCGUUCAGCAGACUCUUCAGAGAAUCAGUAUCUGCACAGAUGCUGUGCCUGUUGUUCACAACACUGACCUGGUGGUCGAAGCUAUUUUGGAAAACAUGAGUGUCAAGCAGGAGCUUUUCCAGAAACUGGAUAAGUUUGCACCAGCGCACACCAUCUUUGUUAGCAAUACUUCAUCAUUGCCCAUCACGGAGAUGGCAAAUGUUACAUCCAGGCAGGACCGUUUUGGUGGUCUCCACUUUUUCAACCCUGUGCCUUUGAUGAAGCUGGUAGAGGUGGUUCAGACGCCAAUGACCAGCCAACAGACAUUUGAUGCCUUGAUGAGUUUCACCAAGGUGUUGGGGAAAAACCCUGUAGCCUGUAAGGAUACGCCUGGAUUUAUUGUGAACCGCCUCCUGGUGCCAUACCUGAUGGAAGCGGUCCGGCUGCAUGAAAGAGGUCAUGGAUCAAAGGAAGAUAUUGAUUUGGCAAUGAAAUUGGGUGCAGGCUACCCCAUGGGUCCUUUCGAAUUACUGGAUUAUGUUGGGCUUGACACCAGCAAGUAUAUUAUUGAUGGAUGGCAUGAAUUGGAUUCCGAUAACCCCUUGUUUAGUCCCAGCCCGCUACUAAACAAAUUGGUGGGAGAAAACAAGCUGGGUAAAAAGACAGCAGAAGGCUUCUACAAGUACUCCUAGAAUGCCUUCACACUGUUUUUUGUACAUUAAAGCAUCAGUGAUGGCAGACUACUCUGACAUCAUGUUGUUUAAGACAUUUGAGCAGGCACUUGCUUAAGUAUCUUGUCAAAUUUGUACCAUAAUGUCUUCAUAAUUUUACAUUUUGAUAAAAUUGCGUUUGAAAACCGGAAAUAAUGUUGACCGUAGAUGGUUCUGAUUUAUUUCGACAAUCUGCAAACCGAAGUUUAAACAAUUGAUCCUAUGCAUAGUUGUGCCUUAAAACAGUGACAUACGUGAAGAAAUUUAAUCUGUCCUUCCUGUUUUUGAGCUAAAAGCAUUUCGGGCUUUGUAUUUGCAAGAUCUUUUCCAUGUAUUAAUAUGAAAAUAAAAUGCUCUUUGAAUCC